AUGUUGUUUGCCGACCUGCCUGAGGACAUCAUCCACCACAUCUUCUUGACCCAUUUCUCAGGCGACGGAGACAGCCUAGCCCGUCUUGCCACGCUCAGCAAGAGACUCAACCGCAUCGCGACCCCUAUCCUCUAUUCGCACGUUACUCUGGAUUUGGACCACGCGGAUGAAUCGCGCAAGGUGCGACGAUUUAUCAUGUCCGUGUUCUCCAGGCCUUAUCUUGCCCAGUGUGUACGGUCGCUGGAGCUGAACGCGCUGUAUUGGGUGUCGCAUCAGUCGCUCUCCCGUCGCCGCAAAGAGCUAGUGGAGCGGAUGAUGGCAGGUAACAUACUUGGCCGCCCGGACAGGCUCGACAUGUAUAAACUGAUGACCGUGGUUCGCCGGCUCCCGCUUGUGGAUACGCACAAACACCACUGGUGCUCUGAGCUGCAAGAACUCGACCCCAGCCUGGACGCCCUCAUUGCUCUUGUUUUUGUAUUCCUUCCAGAGUUAUCCAGAUUGGAGUCCAACUGGUCAUCCGACCCAACGUUCAUCUGGCACAUGUUGCCCAAAACUGAUAAAAAGGUAGACUCGUCGCCCUCGCCCCUUAUCCUGAGAAACUUGACCCAGCUCAAAGUCAACUCCGAAUCGCCAUGUGGCAACACCUCUGAAAUACUACCAUUUUUUCAGAUGCCCGCGCUGACCCAUUUCUUCGGCAGCAAUUGGGGGCCAAUCAGACGGGACGGCUGGGAUGGUGGAGGUGAAGACGAGGCAGCGGACUUGGAAGGUGACGGCGCAACUCAGGAGUCACCAAUCAUACACCUGGAGCUCCGACACUGCAGCAUCGACCUUUACAGCCUGCAAACAAUCAUUAAGAGGUGUCGAUCGGUACGAACUUUCAUAUUCCAUCGCGAUUGGGACCCACGAGUUCACGUGAGACUCCCCGCAAAUUCCAUUCUCAAAGCUCUUCAUCCCCUUCGGAACACGCUGGAGAACGUCACCCUGGCCUUCGACUCCGGCAUUUACAUCCAUCACGAAGGAGAGAUCCACCCAUUGGAUUUCUCUCAAUUCUCCGCGCUAACGCAUCUUUACGUCGCUGUUGGCUAUAUUGUACACGACCCGGAAGACUUUGAUCCGUUCGAGUUUUACGGUUCGAGAAGUGAGGAGGAAAAGACCAUCAGCAACCCCCUUCAUAAUCGCUUGCCAAAAUCGUUGGAAGUUUUGAGAAUUACUGGGCACAGCACAAGAAGACAGAUGCAAUUUUUGAUUGACGAUUGCUGCCGACUGCUGCACCGUCGCGCUCGAUUUCCCCGGCUCCGCGAACUUUGCAUCGAAGCACCGUUCGGCGAGCCCGACUUUGUUCUCGACACAAGAGCUCUUCAACUCAAAGCACUGGAUGCAGACGUGAAAUUGCGCAAGAUCUACAAUACGGGGAUACACUUCAACGAUGCAGACAAUAAACCCACACCUGCAGAGGUUGACUGGGGGAUGGAUGGCGAGUUCCAAUGGAGUACAAAGCUGUUUGGAUGA